CAUCUAUAGGGGAAUCACGCAACAGCAUCAUGAUUUGCUGGAUCAUUGCUCUAGUGCUCCCCCUGGUGGUCAACUCUGAUCCGCUGUUUCCGGUCAACUGCGAGGACAUCUUCAACAGCGGCCACGAACUCAGCGGCGUUUACACCAUAUACCCCAUGGGACACAGCGUGCCUGUGCAGGCCUACUGCGACAUGGGCUGCGAGGACAUCCACGACGAGGGCAGAUGGACCGUGAUCCAGAGGAGAAUGGAUGGCACUGUGAACUUCUACAGGCCCUGGAAUCAGUACAAGGCAGGGUUUGGGAACACGGAUGGAGAGCACUGGCUAGGACUGGAGUGGCUCCACCUGCUCACCAGUAAGAAGAAGUACGAGCUGAGAGUGGACAUGGAGGACUUUGAGGGGGGGAAAGUCCACGCCCAGUACUCCUCCUUCUCUGUUGCUUCGGAGGCCGAAGGCUACCAACUAGGCGUGUCUGGAUACAUAGACGGGGGAGCAGGGGAUGCCCUCAUUCAUCACAACGGGAGGAAGUUCACCACCUUCGACCGAGACCAGGAUCUGUCCUCCUCUGAGAACUGCGCUCUGUUGUACUUCGGGGCCUUCUGGUACAACAACUGUCACCACGCCAACCUCAACGGGCUCUACAUGUGGGGUGCCCACAGUCGCUAUGGCUACGGGGUCAUCUGGAACCAGUGGAAAGGGUUCCACUACUCCCUGAAAUCCAUCACGAUGAAGAUAAGACCAGUGUCUUAGUGAUGAUGAUGAUGAUGAUGAUGAUGAUAAUUAUGAAUGGAUGAUGAU